UAGGCUAGGCUUCUUUCGGGACAGAUCUAGACCUAGAAUCUAGAUCCAGAUUUAGUUCAUUCACCGCCAGGGAGGACCAGAAGGUAGCGAGAUGUUACCAGCUCUCAUCGCCUUGCCUUGUGUAUCAACACCAUGCCACGACACAUGAUUCCAAAACUUGGGUCAUGGCUUCUGAGGAACAAACGGCACAAUUUGGUGAUACUGACAGUUUUGUGUGCUCUGUGUCUUCUGCUUUGGCGAAGGGCAGAACCGUCGACAAAUUCCACAGAUUUGACAUUCCACAAAGGCUCUUUAGAAAUUCGGGAAGCCGCUGCCACUACAUUGAUUACAAGUAAUGCGCGACUCCAGGCUGCGGCCAACGACAGCCACAACCUCCGUCGACAGCACGUGAUCAGCCACUGCUCGCGCAAACAUGGUGACCAGUGGUCAUCUCGCAAACAGCGCGUGCCCAAAUUCUCCACCUCGCCCAUCAUUUCCACAAAACACGGGCUGAUGUACUGCCCUGUCGGCAAGGUGGCAUCCUCCUACUUCACCAGAUAUGUCAUCACCCUAGACCAGCCUGGGCCGAUGACGUCACCAUACGACAUCCCGAUCCAGAAAGCAGGAAGGGAUCGUUGUCAAAAUCUGGCCUCUUUGGGUAACUCGGACAAGGCCGUAACCUUCCUUCAAAAGGCGGUCAAGGUCGUAUUCGGACGUAACCCGUUUUCCAGACCAGUUUACGAGGAAUGCAAGAUGUGUGACGUCAUUUAUGAUGUAGUCGGCAAGUUGGAGACAACAACAGACGACAUUGACUUUCUCUCAGCUUCUCUCAACGUCUCGUCUGCUUUCCAGCACGAUGGGAAAUAUUCUUACACCGCUUCCAUAGACACCGUUCUCGACGCAGUAGAGAGCCCUUUCAGCUGGAAAAAAGACAUCCAAGCUUGCAUGUCAUUGGACGAAAUGGGUCAAAGAAUUUGGCGCAAACUUCAGAUCCGCGGAAUCAUCGACAGUCGGAUUUCUUAUCCUUUCAAAGCAGGAGAAGUGGACGCCAUGCCUUCCACGAAGUUCGUUUCCGCCUGCAGGAGCGCUGUGGAAGCCUCGAAAGACAGAGCUCAGCUAAAGAAACAAAAAGUACAAGCUUUUUUGGAAGCUUACGCGACUCUCACGCUUGAAGAGCUCCGGGAUAUCGUGCGAGUCUAUCAGAAUGAGUUUGAUGUGUUUGAGUACGAUACUGAACCACCGCGUUUGUUUCGGGAUCGCGGCGAAGUUGGCAAGACGGACUUCCUGAACUGGAGAGUAAACUGGCAGUUGUUGUAGUGUCGCUGGACACCUUCAAGUUUUAAGCAUUAAUCACGCCGUCCUCUACCGGUCAAUGUGCCUGUAAUAAUUUGGCUGACAGCGCCCUUCUUUGUUAUGAGAGAAGAUUUAAGUCGAUCCCAAGACGAGUUGGGUUUUCUUGCCUUUGGUUUCUGCAAAUUUCUUGCGCAUCGGUGCUUUGAGUGAACAUAAAUGGCCAGGAUGUGUCCAGACUGAGCUCAAACUCAACCUAUGCAUAACAGAACCAACCUGACCGUUUAAUUUGGCAUUUUAUUUCCUGGUAUAUAAAUGUCUUUUUAAUAAUAAUGAUAAUAAUAAUUGCAUUUAUAUAGCGAAUAUCCACACUCAAGAGCAUGCUCUAU